CAUGCUGUAGAUCUGAGGGCCCGGUGAGUCGUGGUAGAUGUGGCACCUGGACUUUGACAGUCUCCAAGAGGAGAGGGGGCACUCUUAGGCCAGGUCCCUGGAGCAGCGCUGAAGGAAGGUGGGAAGCCAUCGGAGCAGUUCCUAAGGAAGAAAAAAUCGAGGCCGACCUAGCCUGUGGAUGCUCCUGACACAAGAGAAUCCUGAGCAAGAGUAAGAUCUGAGGCGUGCUUUCCUUUGGCGGGUGCAACCCCUGCCCCUCACCACCCCGUGCUAUGAGCAGAGGAACCUGGAAGGAAGAUAAAAUAACUACACAACUUACUCAAAACCCAAGACAAAUUCAGAGAGUCAGUGAUGGAACUUUGGGCUCCCCAGAGGCUGCCCCAGACACGAGGGAAGGUCACAACACCCUCAAAGGAUCCAGACCGAGGGUUUCGGAGAGAUGGACAUCAUCGGCCUGUCCCUCACUCUCGGCACAAUGGAGAGAGGUUUCACCAAUGGCAAGACAACCGUGGGAGCCCCCAGCCACAGCAGGAGCCCAGGACAGACCAUCAACAGUCCCAUUAUGCCUCCAGGCCUGGGGACUGGCAUCAGCCUCUGUCUAGAAUUGACUAUUACAAAAGUGGUUAUCCCAGUCAGUUGUAUUCAAGGCCAGGGUAUGAGAAUUCAUAUCAGGGCUAUCACUCUCCCACAACGAGGGAGGAAUAUGCUUAUGGAAGUUACUACUAUCACGGACACCCGCAGUGGCUGCAGGAAGAAAGAGUGCCAAGGCAAAGGAGUCCUUAUAUCUGGCAUGAAGAUUACCGAGAGCAAAAGUACCUUGAUGAACAUCAUUAUGAAAACCAGCACAGUCCAUUUGGAACAAAUAGUGAGACCCACUUCCAAUCUAACAGUAGGAACCAUUAUAAAGACAGCCCUGCUUCCAACUCUGGACAGGAGUGGCCUGGGGAGCUGUUUCCAGGGAGCCUGCUUGCUGGGGCCCAGAAAACUAAGCCAUCACUGGCUAGUGAGUCCAACCUUCUCCAGCAGCGUGAGUCUGGUCUCAGCUCCAGCAGCUAUGAGCUCAGUCAGUACAUCACAGAUGCCCCCGAGCGGGAUGAUCCCCCAGCUUCAGCAGCUUGGAGUCCAGUUCAAGCUGAGGAUGUCUCCUCAGCUGGUCCCAAAGCGCCCAUGAAGUUCUACGUUCCUCAUGCUCCUGUGAGUUUCGGGCCAGGAGGUCAGCUGGUGUGUGUAGGUCCCAGCUCUCCCACUGACGGGCAAGCAGCCCUUGUUGAACUGCACAGCAUGGAGGUUAUUCUUAAUGAUUCCGAAGAGCAAGAGGAGAUGAGAAGUUUCUCAGGACCCUUGAUUAGGGAAGAUAUACAUAAGGUGGAUAUUAUGACGUUUUGCCAGCAGAAAGCAGCUCAGAGCUGCAAAUCUGAGACACUGGGGAGCAGAGACUCGGCUCUACUGUGGCAGCUCUUGGUUCUCCUUUGUCGCCAGAAUGGGUCCAUGGUGGGGUCUGACAUUGCUGAGCUGCUAAUGCAAGACUGCAAGAAGCUGGAGAAGUACAAACGGCAGCCCCCUGUGGCCAACCUCAUCAGCCUGACCGAUGAGGACUGGCCAGUGCUGAGCUCUGGGACCCCGAACCUGCUCACCGGAGAGAUCCCCCCCAGUGUGGAGACACCUGCGCAGAUCGUGGAGAAAUUCACUAGACUGCUCUACUAUGGAAGGAAGAAGGAAGCCUUGGAGUGGGCCAUGAAGAACCACUUGUGGGGCCAUGCUUUGUUCUUGUCCAGCAAGAUGGACCCACGGACCUACAGCUGGGUCAUGAGUGGCUUCACCAGCACGCUGGCGCUCAAUGACCCACUGCAGACCCUAUUCCAGCUCAUGUCGGGGAGGAUUCCACAGGCAGCCACGUGUUGUGGAGAAAAGCAGUGGGGAGACUGGAGGCCUCACUUGGCUGUGAUUCUGUCAAAUCAGGCUGGGGACCCGGAGCUGUAUCAGCGUGCGAUUGUUGCCAUGGGUGACACUCUGGCUGGGAAGGGGCUUGUGGAGGCAGCUCACUUCUGUUACCUUAUGGCUCAUGUGCCCUUUGGCCACUACACCGUGAAGACAGAUCAUCUGGUCUUGCUGGGCAGCAGCCACAGUCAAGAGUUUUUGAAAUUUGCAACAACUGAGGCAAUCCAGAGGACGGAAAUCUUCGAGUACUGCCAGAUGCUGGGCCGCCCCAAAUCCUUCAUCCCUUCUUUCCAGGUGUAUAAGCUCCUUUAUGCUUCCCGUCUGGCAGAUUACGGCCUCGUGUCCCAGGCCUUGCAUUACUGCGAAGCCAUUGGUGCAGCUGUCUUGAGCCAGGGAGAGAGCAGUCACCCUGUGCUGUUAGCGGAACUCAUCAAGCUAGCAGAGAAACUGAAGCUAUCAGACCCUCUGGUUUUAGAAAGACGCAGUAGAGACAGGGACCUAGAGCCAGACUGGCUAGUGCAACUUCGGAGGCAGCUGGAGCAAAAGAUAGCAGGAGACACUGGGGAUCCUCAUCUUACUCGCUCAGAUAUUUCGGGAGCCAGAGGAACAACAACAGAAAACACUUUCUACCAGGACUUUUCUGGAUGUCAAGGCUACUCUGAAGCCCCUGAGUACCGCUCAGCUCUGUGGCUGAUGCUUGAGCAGACCUGCCUGCCCCAGCCCAGCCCACAGCAGCCCUUCCCUCUCCAGCCGGGCUCCUACCCAGCAGGAGGGGGUGCAGGGCAGACAGGGGCACCGAUGCCUCUUUACUCAGUUCCUGAGAUCCACCUACCAGGAACUGGCAGCAGCGUGGCAGUGACAGAGGCCCCUGGAGGAACAGUCUGGGAGGAAACGCUGCAGACACACCUGGGCCCUGGAGAGAACACAGUGUCUCAAGAAACCUCCCAGUCUCCUGAUGGCCAAGAGGUCAUUUCCAAACCACAGACACCGCUGGCUGCCAGAGCACCAAGUAUUUCUGAGAGUUCCACCAAUUCAGCCAAGGAGGAUGAGGAGGAGUCCUCCGAUGAGGCUGAUAAAAACUCUCCCCAAAAUACUGCCCGGAGAGGCAAGCUCGGAGAUGGGAAGGAGCAUACAAAGAGCUCAGGGUUUGGCUGGUUCAGCUGGUUUCGAUCGAAGCCCACCAAGAACGCAUCUCCCUCUGGAGAGGAGGACUCCUCGGACAGCCCUGACUGUGAGCGGGAGACCCCCAGAGCAUCUUCUCCCCACCAGGCUGGCCUGGGCCUCUCACUGACACCUUCUCCUGACUCCCCUCCUCUGCCAGCUCUUAGCGCCUUCUCCGUGGGCACAGGUGGGGGUGAAGGCCAAGGAUCCACAUCCAGUGGGGGAGCAGCUGCGGGCGCUGGGGUUGGAGGCUUGUCUGGACCUGAGAGUGUUUCCUUUGAGCUCUGCUCCAACCCUGGUGUUCUGCUUCCUCCACCUGCCUUAAAAGGGGCUGUUCCUCUUUACAACCCAUCUCAGGUCCCUCAGCUGCCCAUGGCCACUAGCCUGAAUCGGCCAAAUCGCCUAGCUCAGCGUCGCUAUCCCACUCAGCCAUGCUGAGAAUAAACACGCGUCCCAGGUUCAUCGCCGCAACUUUGCUUGCUCUCCUUUUCUCAAUCUCCCAGUCCCUCUCUACCAUACUGGGACCCUCAAGAGGUUUGUGUCAGCCUGAUGUCUCCACCAGGCACUGAGAAGGCAAGAGGACAGGAUCUCUCAAGACACAGCACAAUUCAGUCUCUUAAGAUUAGCUUCAGAAUGCCGGAAAUUAUUUCAUCAGGUGGAAGGUCUGGGUCUAAUAGCAGACUGCACAUGAGCAGAGUGACAUAGUGGUGGCACUUAUGGUGGUGGCUUGAGAGCCUUGGGGAAAUUAGGGCCCUAACAGCUAGAAUCAAAGAUGGGACCACAGAGCCCUGUAGCAGGAAAUGGGAAGCGGGGGAGGGGCAGGAGCUCAGAACAAUGUUCUAGACCAACUUGGACUUCUUCCUGUCUUAGUAAUAGACCAAUACAUGGCUCUACUUAGCAAAGUUUUUAUACUGAAACUUGAUUACUACUGCCCUUUAUAAUUUCCUCUUCAAUGAUACUUCAGCAGUUUCCCUCUUGGUCCUAGUUUUGUGCACAUUUUUUUUUUAAUGUGGUUCAGAUUAAUUAUAUUUCUCUCACUUUCUUAGCUGGUCCUAUUUUUUCACAUUCUGGCAUGUGGCUAUCAAGUUAGAUUGCUCUAGGCAUCCUAUUGUCAUGGUAACUACUGAACCUAAUGAUGCAGAUGGAUGGCACAUCAGUAUAAUAAAUGAUGGAAAGCGGUUCCUAAAAAUUCAUCCCUUUCAUAAGAGGGGAAGAAUGAGUGCCUGAUAUUGUUAAUACCUCCCUUUCUACCUCAGGCCUUUGCAAAUUGAUGUUCGGAGGGUCACUGGAGUGAGAGGGAGGAGGGGGGCGUCUUGGAAAUUUCCAUUUCUCUUUUCAAGCCCGAAAUAGGAAUGACUCUUGCUGUUUGUCAGAUUUGCUGAAAAUUGCUCCUCACAAAGAACAUUUUUUUUGUACAUGUAAUUGUAAAUACAGGUUUAGUACGUUAAUGUUCUGUAGUUCUGAUGUUGAUAAUAAUUAAACCCAGAUAAUUUUAUAGCAAGUGCUUGUCUCUGGCUGAUUUUUGCAGAGGAAGACAGUACAUUGGUGGUCUCUUCCCUGAAGUCUUUCUAAUAAUGAUUUUAUUGUGUGAUCAAGUGUGAAUAGCUGGAAAGAGCCCUUUGUUAAUGAAGAAUCUAGGGACAGAUCCUCUUAACUUCUAAGUCUACUUUAAUGUUAUUCUUUUUCCAAUUUAAAAAAUAUGAACAAAAAGCUCCUCUGAUGCAAGUCAGUCACUUUACUAACUAAACUAAAUGUUGUGUAUUUUGUUCCAUAAAAAGUUGUUUUAACCUCUUAGAUUAAAUUAGAAAAUGUAUGCAUAAAUGUUUCGCACCUGGAGGGCCCUCAGUAAAUGCUAUUCCCCUUUUUUCCUUAAAAGGCUGCUACUCCUUCAAUUUGGUAUGCUGACAUCCAGUGGUGGUGCUGUGGCAUUAGUGUGUGAGUUUCACAGAAGCCACACUGCCUAGUCUUGCAUGCUGGCUCAUCUGUAGCUCACCCUGUAACCUUGGGCAAGGUUACCUCACUGUCUUGUAUUUCAGUUUUCUCAUCUAUAAAAUUAAGAUGAUAAUAAUCAUAGUACCUGCCUUAUAGGGACAUUGCAAAAAUUAAAUGAGUUAGGCCCUUAGAAAUGGGCCUGGUAUAUGCUAAGUACGGUUGGCCCUUGAACAAACUGAGUUUGAACUGUGUGGGUCCACUUGUACUUGGAUUUUAUUCUGCCUCUGCCUGUCCAAGACAGUAAGACCAACCCCUCUUCUUCCUCCUCCUCAGCCUACUGAAUGUGAAGACUAUGAGGAUGAAGACCUUUAUGAUGAUCCACUUUCACUCAAUGGAGAGCCCAUAUAUUUUCUCUUUCUUAUGAUUUUCUUAAUCAUGUGUUUUUCUCUAGCUUACUUGAAGAAUACAGUAUAUAAUACAUAUAACAUAUACAAUAUGUGUUAAUACACUGUUUAUGUUAUCCGUAAGGCUACCAGUCAACAGUGGGCUAUCAGUUGUUGAGUUUUUGGGGAGUCAAAAAUCAUAUGUGGAUUUUUGACUUUGCAGGGCUCAGUGCCCAUCAUGUCCGCAUUGUUCAAAGCUCAACUGGACUUUAUUAUGGUGUCUUUUAUUAUUAAUUUGCAAUCUAAUAAGAUCUUGACUGUUUUUUGGGGCCUACCAGAUCUGACUAUAGAUUUUUUGUUCUUGAUAUCUGUAUAGGACAGGGAUGAUGAUUAAAACAUACUUCUCAAUAUGUGUCAUUGCCAAGUCAGUUUCUCUUCCUGCAUCCCUUCUAACACCAACGUUAGGCCAUGAGGCUUUGUGCCCAAGGGAACAAUGGUGUAGGGGAGGUCCUGUCCAAGAAAUAAAGCACUUUAGGGAGGAGAGAGUGCAGACCAAAGAGGAAGGCGCAGGCAUCGGAUGCCUGUGUCCUCUCGUCCUCCUCCUGUUAAGAGAAUUCAUGGAAUACCAGUGGCUACUGUUAUGCUCAACAAAGCAAGCACUGAGUUUAGUUACCUCCCAGCCAAAGGAAUACAGAGCAAUGAAUAUACUUUGUGAAGAGGAAGAGUAAGGGUUUCUAUGCACUAGAAAGGGAGGAGGUUCUUGGUGUUUAUGGUAAUUCAUAAUUUAAAGGUUUUACUCUGGCAAAGUCAGAAUGUGUCUAUUAAUCUGUAUAUGCUUGGUUAAAACAAGCCCAGUUGCUCAUUGGUUAGGUUAGGUCCAGUAAGGGUCUGAGGAGCUGGGGUCACUCCCAGUUCUUAGUUGCUCAUCUGUGCUGUUUGGGUAGUGGUGGUGGUAUUGCUAAAGGUCAUGGUUAUUUUACAACUUCAACUGGUUAAAAUCUGUUUUGGUGAAACAAGUGCAGCUGUCAGAAGAAAAUACUGUUUUCUCCUUUUAUAAGGUGGAGGCUUGGGAAAUAGAGUAGGUUGUGACAGAUAUACACUGCUAUGAAAGGGAGCACACUGGGCUAGUGGCCCUUUCCUCUAGCUCCCCUGGUAACCUUGGGAAGGGAGGCUGCAAGACUUGAGGAGAAGCCGGCUUUGGCUUGGCAACGUGUCCAAUGUGUCUGGGGAGCCAUAGCAGCUUGGCUUUGGGGAUCUGAGGCAGAGCUCUGAGCUCCCUGAAGCCUGCUGUAGGGUAGACUGUAGCAGGGAAUAAUUGCAUAAUGACCCCAAAGGUCAGAUGGGACAAGUAGUCUCCCAAAAGGCAAAAGGUCAGGAGUGGGCCAGACAAGCCACCAGCAAUGAAUAGGUCACACUGUGAAGGUCAUAGCCCUCUUUUCCGUCACCGUGAGCUGUUUGGGGAGAGAGAAUGAACAGAAUUCUCUUUCUCUCUCAAAAAAUGAAUUAUCAAAAGACAUGGUAUGAAAGGGAAGAGCCUAAGAUACUAUUAAUUGGCAAGUUUGUUUUUUCACCUGCUUCUCAACAGAGUCCAAGCUUGGAGGAAGAAUAGGUCAGUCAUACGAAAUAAACCAUAGUUUCCUUGAAAAGCUGAGUAGUAGUGGGCAAAUUUUUGAUUCUGCCAUAUACACAUAAUUCAAUAUUUAUAUGAAAACAUUUAAGUGUAAUGUUCUAUAAUUUGAAAGUGAACAAACCACUAAAUUCCAUUUCAGGGUCUGUAUCACAUGUUACCAUUCCAGCCCUCUGUCUAAUCCCCUCAUGUGGCUAUAGAGCUGUAAAUGAGCCGCGAGUCCUCAGUCACCUGUGUGUCCUCUCUGUUCAGCCUUCUCACAGGCUUCAGGUUGCUCAGGAUCAAAGCCUCUGCUAGCUUUGUUUUACCCUAGAAAGUCUCCUUCUUUUUGGUAUCUUCCUCUGAGUAACCAAGAAAAGGAGCGGGAGACUGCAUCUACUUCUUCACUAAAAUCAGAGGACUUUCUACCCAAGACGGAAUGUGCAAAACCCUCUUUCUGCUUGAAAAGAAUAAUAGGUAUGUAAUUUGGGUCUCUCCAAUCACGUGAGUUUCUCUCUCACUUUUUCCACCAGAGAGUGGAAUGGAAGUGACUUUUCUCCUCUUCUAUUUGCUGCCUUAAGCUGGAAAUUGCAUGAAGCAUGAUCUGCAAGCAACAGAAUGUUAGGUACUUAACUGAGGUUGUCCCAAAAUGUGGCCUCAACAACAGCCUGUUUUCAUUUCAUUAAUUGGCCAUACUUAUACCAGGCAUCAUUCAUUCAGGUCCUUUAGAAAUGGUUUCUUAAUGAGAUUUAAAGUUACUCUGAACAAGGAUUAACAGCAUAUGAAAAUGUUUUCAUUACAAUUGUGCUAGGUAGAGAAAUCUUCUUCCUAUGCUUUCUUCCUUUUUGUAUAUUCCUGUUUCCAGAUAAUCAGGGUCAACAGCAGUUUAGGUCAAACUCAAAUGACCUUUGCCAACUGUUUGUUAUUUUACUGUGAGAUGUUUUCCUGGCCCUUACCUAUCUUAGAGAGAGCCAGUUAACCUACCCAAUUUUUAAAGAAUUCUUAACAGAGUGGGAUUCCAUGGCUUCCUUUGAGGUUUCAGCCCAUGGUUCCUCAAACAUUAGGAAGCUAUUUCUAAUACUUUCUACUCCAAUCACUCCUGUGACUCUUUAAGACUCUUAACUGGUCCUCAGCAGAGAUGGAAAACAGCUGCUCACCACCACCUGUGCCUGGGAACUCGUUCACAUUUUGGAAGGUCAUUGAGUCAUGCCUCAGCUUAUGAAAUGAAGUCUUACAAAAUGGGGUUUUCUUCAGUAGAAUUGGAGAUUAAACCAGAUAAAUGCUAGGAGUCUUUUGGUAGCUCCAGUGUUCAGACAUCCUGAAUUUCAACAAUAAUAGUAUAACAUUUAUUGAGUAUUUUGUGUCAGACACUUGCAUUCUAUGUGUGUAUACUUUCUAUGCAGUAUAUAGUAUUGUGAUUUCAACAUAUAUUAGGAACAAAAAAACUGAAUAGAGAGGUCAGGUAACUUGUCCAAACAUACACAGCUAGUAAGGAUGGAGCUGGAAUUAGAAUCCAGGUGGUCUGAUCUCAGAAUCUGGGCUUUUAGCCACAUUGUCCCUGGACAUGUGUACUUUCGUUCACUGAUUUAUCAAAUAUUAAUUGAAUAGCAUGUCAGGCAUUGCUGUUUUCCCAACAAAAAUGGUUCUGACACUUAAAUACUUACAGUCUAGUGGGAGAGACAGACAUGUAAACACAGAAAUUUCUGCAUAAUGUGAGAGCUGUUUUAAAUAUAUGUACAAAUAACUUUGUAGCUUCAAUCCCUUAAUCAUAUAUGAAUUUCACAUAUUUAUAUAAUUUUGAGGGAAAUAUGUAAUAUAUUCAAAUUAUAUCAUCCCUAUAGGUUAAGAUGGAGGUGAAGUUCACUGCUAGCUAUGUAGAGUAGCAUAUCUGUUGGCCAGGUUUAAAGUGGCUUUAAGAUGUGGUGGAUGCAGACAAAGUCUGGAUGAACAAGGGUAAUAGUGUACUGUGAUCACAAAUACCACCAUGAUCUAUGAAAGGAGGAUGAUCUGAUUUAGACUUGCCAUAUUGCUACUGCAGAAAUUCUUCCCGCUUCUCCAUGCUGUUGGUUUGGAGGCAGGAAAGGACUGUGAAUGUUGCAAUGGAACACAUUUGAAGGCAAGAGCCCUGGUGAGGAGUGUAUAUGGUUUCAUGUGUGUGCACACGCGUGGGUGCCAUCCAUGAGGCUCCUUUCGGAAUGUCUCUUUUCACCUAAUCUCCACUCCUAGCCUCUUUCACUUCCCCUUCCUCGCAAUUACUCUUUAUUUCCAAGGGAGGAUUACCCAGAAGACAGCCUCUCCAUAAAGCAUCUUCCGAGUGGCUGAUACUACGAAGACUCUGUGAAGUCCCACUUACCAGCACAGGAUUGUGUCAAUACAUCCAGACUUUUGGCUAGCAAAUUUUAGCUAGUUUUAUGUUUCCCCAAACUGGUUCUUAGAAAUCCAAGACCUUGACUUUUAAAACUUGUCUCUGAGUUUUAAGGGCUCAUUUUGGAAUGUAAAAGAUAAUCACUGUUUUUCAUUAUUUUAAUGUUCUAUGAUCAUGAUUUGGGGUCAUGUGAAAACCUCACUGUCCUGGAGUGAAAAUAAUUUGAGUUUUGUGCGUCAAGAUUUCAUUCCACUUCUUUGAGUAUUUGGAUAAAUGCCCAUGAAUUAAGUAAGAACCAAUGAGAGACUUACAGUCAUGAUUUCUUUAUUUAAUUUUUCAGCUGCUUCUCUUUGCAAACAACAACAAACCAACCCCAAGCCCACAGAUGGCGUUAGUCAUCCUAAUAAUACACAUCAGUUAAAACUGUGAGUUGGGAUCCAGCCUCAUUUGCUUUGAGCAACAGGUACAUUCCUGACGAGUUGCAGAUACAUUGACAUUUUCUAAAUCAAAUUAAUUUUUAAAUGCACUGGAGUAGCUUGCAAUUUAAAGGUAAUUGAUGUUAAACCCCUGAAAUAAAGAGUUAUUUAUAAAGAAAACAAUUGUUCCCAUUUUCUCACUUCGUAGAUGCUGACUUUGUAGUCUUGGGGGAAGACAUUGUAUUAAGAAUGAGAAGACUUUCAGUUCCAGGCUCACAUUUUCUGCUAGCUAGAUGGUUGACUUUAAAAGUAUGUCCAUUGAAUCUCUCAGUGCCCCCAAACAUCUCAGCUAAAAACUUGGCACUUGCUCAAUCAACAAACAUUUAUUUAGGAUCUUCUAUGGGAUACAUAGGUGAGAUCAAAGUCCUAGCCCUCAAAGGGCUCACAGAUGAAUUAGGAAACUAAUAAGUGAUUCAGGGAAACCCAGGAUAGUCGUUUCUCCGGGCGCCCUUGGUGUGUCAUGUUGCCCCACUCUGCCUACCACGGAAGGAGGUUGUCAGGAAGGCUCGGAAGGAGGGGGCUCUAUCAGUGAAAAAACCAUGGUCCAGAGAGGUUAAUCAAUUUUCCUAAAUCCUCUUAAAGUUCUGAUUUCCAGGCUGAUGGUCUUUUUCUUCAAAUAGAGACCGUAAUUUAAAAUGUAAAGCUUUUUAAUUAUUACAUUGAGGGUACAUUUGUGGUUAAUAAAAACAUCAAUAUAAUAACUGAGAUUUUGUGCCAGGCAUUUUAUGUAAGAGGUUACAUGUGUUUAUUCAUUAAAUUCUCUUAAUGGCCCUAGGAAGUAGAUAUUUGGAAGAUGCUAAAGCACAGAGUUCAAAUAACUCAUCCAACGUUACACAGCUAAUGAUGGAACUGGGAGAGCAUCGAGGCAGGUACUUUACAUAUGUUGUCUUUAAUCCUUAAAACAACUCAGAGGGGGGUUUGAUUAGCUCACUUUAUAGAUCAGGAAAUGGAGGUGCAGAAAAUGUAAGUAACUACCCCAGAACCACACAUAGAAAGUGGAGGACCUGGUAUUUGAACUUCUGCAGUCUGGCCUGUACCCUUAUCUCUUGUUCACUUAAUUUAAAGUGGGUGGACCUGUACUGCAAUACCAAGUAGGACCACUGACCUUUAUUCGAGUCUCGUGCUGUCUUAGCUAGGGUGAUUCUGUGUGCCUCUCUUUCCCAAGUACAACCAAGGGAUAUUAUUUGUUGUCUCCAGCGUUUAUGUGUAUGCCUAUUUUUUUUCCACCAGACUUAUGACUUUCAGGGACUGGGAUGAUAUUAUAACUUACUUAUUUUUGUAUUUCUGGCACCUUGCACAGUACCCAUGCCUAACAAGGGCUCAAUAUUCAAAACAGAACUGGGUGAAUAAUUUCCCACCGUGAGAACUUCAGGAGAACUUGCAAAAAAUGUCCACAAAUUAUAUUUGGUCUAGAGAUUAUCAUGUGAAGUCAUUCUCUUGUUAGAGUUUGAUCCUUUUCUGCAUCUUUAGAAGCUGAUACAGGUAUUGGCAUGUGGUAAGUGCUCAAACAAAAUCUGUGAAGGGAUGAGUGGCUUAAUAAGGGCGGGCAAAAUGAAAGGAUCAUCACAGCUUCUGAGAAACUGUCCGUGAAAGAGAUGAUGGAGGUCUACGGAAGAGGGAGUCUAGUGCUUCGUCCCCAGGCCAGCGACAUUUGUGGCAGCUGAGGGAAGGGAAGCACCCUACUUGAGGUCAAGGCAAGUGAUGUCCUGUAUCUACAACUCCUCGUUUGACCCUCAGGGGCGCUUAUGUCUGGCAAAAGCAUUUCUUGGUUUUAAAAGGUAAUUCACCCCUUUACAACCUGUGUAAUUGCUAUUGGAAUGCUUUGCCCCGCUAGUGUCUUAAUUAGGUCAAAUUUUAUACCAAAGGCUUUAAGUUAAUGCUGUAUUUGCAAUUCUAAGGCCCCCUUCUCUCAGCACUGCCAGGAAGCACUCACAUUUUUUUAGAGAUGGAGACACCCUGAUAAGCCCAUUUGGGCACUCUUCUAAGGGGGUAGGAUGGGAAUAGGGGUCCAGGGGAACUAGGCCAAAGGAGAUGUGUGUGCCAGGAGAAUCAUCUAAAUGCUUCUAAAAAGAAAAUUCAGUCUCGAAGUUAUCCUGCUCCAAGUAUUGCUUGGAUAAUUGCAGGAUGCAAGGCUCUUUGCAUUUGGUUAAAUUAUAUAGUUCUGCUCUCUCUGUGUUAAAAAAACCCACUUUUUAUUAUCUGCCUUUUAUCAAGCAGACCAUACCCCUAGAGUUACACCCUUCCUCUCUCCAGCAUGCCACCCCAAUAAUGAGAUAACCAUCCACUAAGAAAACAAACAUAAUAUAAAAAUUAUACAAAUACAUAAUCCCCAACCCAGAAGGAAGGGAGCAACUGCCACCUGGUACCAAACAGCAAACAGUAUAAUAUUUAUCCAGAGCAGAGGGUUCCCCCAACAGGCUGUAAUUCCUCUAUUGGGUGGGGCAGGGGGUGAGGGGUCAAGGGGAGGUCAGUGAUGAAAAUCACCUCCAUAGGCCUGGUCUAAAUAGGUAGCAGGUGGAAAUCAAUUCAGUGAACUCAAUGUUUCUGUUUCCUGUCUCAGGACACACUCAGGAGGCACCUGAGGAGUCCAUCAAUCUGUCACUGGAAAGGGGAGAGGUGGCGGGAGAAAGGAGGUAAUUGGAUUGUGCUUCAGUGGGACUUUUUCUCUAGCUGGAAGCGUAGCUGGAGAAAUAUGAAGCAGAGCCAUCCCUGAGGUCAAGUAAAUUGGGACUUUUGGUCCUGGAGCUGGAAAGUAGCGCUCUUGAGGUUUGAAAAUCUGCUCUGGCUGUAACAUUUCAGAUAAGGCUGUUUUCUAACUUUUGGGCUGGUCUUGGAUUAGGAUAAAAUUUUACUCCCCUUGCCUAAGAACUGUACUUUCCAUGGCCUCAGUCAACUCAGGGCUUGCAUUGAUUCAUACAUAACUAGUAUUUAAUUUCUUAAUCAGAUGCUCUCUGAGUAAGUAGAAAUUCAGUUGUUAGAAACUGUGCAAUGCACGGAAGCUAGUCAAUCUUCUGUUUUAUUGAUAAAUUGGAACUUUAAAGCAACGUUGCUAGUCAACAUGACAGUUCUUCCUAAGAAAGAGGCAGUUUACAGAGCUGUGUAAAACAGAAGGGUCCUUAAACUGUGGUUGGGGAGAUGUGAUAUGGCAAAAUGUCUACCAAUAAAGUGGAGCAUUAUAGCAAAUUACCCAGUUUAUACAUGCAGGCAAAGCUUCCUUUCUUACGCCAUGUUGGAGAGCCAAUAAAACUUGCAAAUGUGAUGGGAGCCACUAUUUCUGCCUCUGUGCAGCUGUUUAUCAGCAGCUUUUUAACACAUUUUCACAUAUUAAUGAGGUGGCAUAGCAGUUCCAGAAUUAGAACAGUGGGAUGUAUCAUUGUCUGCUUAUCUGAAGAUAUGCCUGCUGUCAGCUCAGCAUCAUUACCAGGGUAUGUACAAUGAAAGAUGUACUUUUUGGUGGGGGCAGCAUGUACAUGCUACCCCACCUUCCUUAUUCCCCAAACCCCCUCGCCUUCCAACCAUCAUACCUGGAUGGGCUCCGGCACUGCUUUUGUAGGUCUUCCUGCAACUUUGUCUCCUUGUUUCAUGAUUUGUGUGUCAGUAGGACUUGAAAUUCCUUUUUGCUUCUCCAUUUCCCAAUAUAGUCCUUGAUAGUCAGUAGGUACUUAUUAAAUGUUGAAUGAAUGAAUGAAUGAGUAGAUAGGUGGAUGGAUAAAAGUGUUCCCUCAAGAACUGUCCUCUGCAGGCACAAUCUGCACUCACUGUGGCUUAAAGGAACAAGAUAGAUAUGUGGCAUGGCUUUCCUUGAAUUUGCAUGAAAAGGUAAAAUGGCAAAUAGAAUCUUAUAGAAUAAGGGCUGUAAGAGACCUCAGGAAGCACUCACCCUGGUGGUUUCCAAAUGCAGGUGUGCAGUUGGUGCCAGAACACUGCAAAAUUUUCACCCGUCUGCAAUGAGCUGAAAAAAUAAAAACAAUAGAGUGAGCUUUUCAUAGAGCCAAAUGUAUUAUCUGUUAGAAUUCUAAGAUUAGGUCCUUUUACUAUAUUUGGUGUUAAAGUUUCCUCUCUAAAAAAAAAAGAGAGGUAAUAGUAGAUAAUAGCUGCUACUUUUUUUCUCUCUUAAGUCCCUUUAUUUGGUAAAACAACAAAUUCCUAAUUUGUUUUGCAGAUUCCUGAAUCACCCACAUUUUUUUGAGAGGGAGAGGAGAGGAUGUUUCAUGAGUCCAUAAAAUCCCAAAGUCUGGAACCACUGACAACUCAUCUCUGUCUCAUCUGAAAAAAACUCGCUGACAUCUCCUGUUGGCCUUAAGUGAGACACUGGGCUCCUUAAAAGAAAUAGCACAUUUCAGUAAAUGAUAAGAUGCUUCAA